AUGGAAAACCAUGUGAAGAAGAUGGCGUAUUUAAAGAAAGUGACACUGGAGAAUCAAAAGCUUAAAGAAGAAAUGCUUAAACUAACGUGGAAGAAUCAAGCCUCACUUGCGAUUAACGACGAAAUAUAUUUGGCGAAAUUACAAGCGGAGAAUCAAAAGCAAACUGAAGAAGUACUUGCACUAAUAAAGAGGAAUAACGCUCUACUUAGGAAGCAAUCCGAGUUAUAUGAAAAGGCAAUAGAGGCCCAUAAAUCUAAAUCCAAAGAGACUUAUCUUUCGAGCCAAUCCAUCGACGCCAGGAGAAACAUCUCGUUGACAAGUUCGAGAAAGGUGUCAGAAAGUGAAACAAGAAAUAGACCUCGAUGA